GUCUAGUGAGUGCUGUGUGUUCAUAGUUACCGAGGAGCGCGUGCACACUGCAGUAUUAAUAAUCCUCAGUAACCUCAGAAGUGUGUUGUAGUAUUUGGACGCGUCUGAUCAUGAAGAAUAUGACUUUCCGACGUGUUAAGGACAGCGGGACGGGCAGCGGGGAUAUUUACUUUUCAUCCUCCAAAUCGGAUAGUUGUAGAAGCGUGGAUUUACCCUCGGGCUCUUCAGACCUUUACAAUUAUAAAACCCUGGCGUACUCCGGAGGGACCCUGCCGAGGAACUACAAGAAGAAUGGAGGAUUACAGAAGUGGAAGCCCCUCACGCUACCACCAGAGCCAGAAAGGAAAACGGUCCUCCUGGAGAAGAAAGAGGAUGAAACGUUUGGCUUUGAGCUUCAGACAUAUGGGCUGCACCACCAGGAUGAGAACUCUGUGGAGAUGUGCACAUUUGUCUGCAAAGUCCAUGAGGACACUCCGGCUAAGCUCGCUGGCCUUAAAAUGGGUGACACCAUCGUCAGCGUCAACGAAACCUCCGUUGAAGGAUUUCGCCACAAGGACAUCGUCCAGCUCAUCAGAUCAUCCGGGAACAGCGUUAGGUUGGAGACUGUAUACAGUAACACUAUAAGGAAAGCAGAACUUGAAGCCCGCCUACAGUAUUUAAAGCAAACCCUGCAUGAGAAGUGGGAUGAGUACAGAUCACUGAUGGUGCAGGAGCAGAGACUUGUUCACGGUAUCGUGAUGAGUGACGUGGCUGUGUAUGAGUCUCUGGAGUCGGCCGGUGUGUACGGUAGUCUGGGUGCUCCGAGCCCCCUGACCUCCCGCUCCCUCCGCUGCACAGGCAGCACCAACAGCAGCGCCAGCCACCUGAGCGAGGACGACCCGCUCUACCAGACCUGCUUCUACCAGCCCAACAACAGCAAAGGAGACGGCGAUGACGCCAGUGACGGCUCCGUUACCCUCGAGGACAGGCCACAGCGGACACGUAACCGUCUGCUCCGGCCCACCAGUGAGUUCUUUGCCUCGGCCAAGACGUCGCUGAGCCGCAGCGCCAGCACACGCAGCUACCUGAGGGGCUCUUCCUCAUCGGCAUCAUCAUCGUCCUCGGCGCCCGCUGGAGAAAAGCAGCAGUGUGGCGCGUUCAGCUCGCUGCAGAGGAAACCCAAACGCACAAGCAUCAGACGCAGGCUGCUCAAAUACAUCCCAGGUCUGAACCGAGCUCUAGAGGAGGAGGAGAGCAAACUGUGAUAAAACUCAGGGCAAAAAAAAAAAAGACUCUUACACAGCCAGAGAC